AUGCGCGGCAUACAAGUCUCCGCCUACGUAAAGGGCCCUCACGAGCUCAAAGUAACCGACCUCCCCGACCCAACCCCAAAGCCCCACGAAUACCUUAUCGCCAUCCACGCAACCGCAACAAACUUCUUCGACCUCCUCCAGAUCCGUGGUAAAUACCAGCACCAGCCGCAGCUGCCCUGGAUAUCCGGCUCCGAGUUCUCCGGCGUGGUUCUUUCGGCCCCGGCCGCGCUUCCCAACGGCAAUCGCCCGAAGUACCAGGUUGGAGAUAAAGUGUUCGGAGCCAGCCAGGGCGGAUAUGCGACGAAGGUGUGUGCGCCGGAGGAGAGGUUGAGGCCGGUACCGAGAGGAUGGAGCUACUUUGACGCGGCCGGAUUGUUUGUCACGGCGCCGACGAGCUGGGCGGGAUUGGUCACGAGGGCCGGGUGUAAGAAGGCUGACACUAACCCAGGCGACUACGUCCUCAUCCACGCUGCCGCCGGAGGUGUCGGUCUCGCAGCCGUCCAGAUCGCCAAAGCGCUCGGCGCGACCGUCAUCGCGACCGCAGGCACAGAGCAUAAGCUCUCCGUUGCGCAGUCCUACGGCGCUGACCACAUCAUCGACUACCGGCAAAAGGACUGGCCCGAGCGCGUCAAGGCCCUGACGCCCAACGGCCGCGGCGUCGACAUCGUGUACGACCCUGUCGGCCUGGUUGCGCAGUCCAUGAAGUGCGCGGCGUGGAAUGCGCGGUUGCUUGUCAUUGGAUUUGCGGCGGGAGAUAUCGAGAAGGUGGCUACAAACAGAAUCCUUCUGAAGAAUGUGUCUGUGGUGGGACUGCACUGGGGGAUGUAUGCGACUAUGGAGCCGGAGAGGGUGGAUGAGGUGUGGGAGGAGCUGUUCAAGCUCUUCGAAAGGGGCCAGUUUAGGGGGACGUGCUUUACAGAUGAGGAGUUUGUGGGCUUGGAGAGCGUGCCGAGAGCAUUAGAGAAGCUGGGUGGAAGGGAGACAUGGGGAAAGGUGGUCGUCAAGGUACCGCAAGAGGGAGCAAGCAAGAUCUAG